AUGAGUCCCCAAGGCGUCACCCGCAAGAGGCCCGCCCCGGGCACCUCUCCCCUCCCCCAUCCCCCUCAACCGCAUAUGGGUCCCAUUCCCAACUUCCCCCAGUCCGCCGGUCCGCAGCUGUCCAACGAUCAGUUCCUGCAAUGGGGGCAGAAUCCGGCGCAUGUCGCCAAUCCACCGCCCUUCCCCGAUCCUACCGCAUACAACAACGCCGCCUACGCCGCCGCCCAGGACAUCCCCGCCUCGUCCACCCAGUUGGCGCGUCGCCAGACCCCCGCCCCGGUGCCCACCCGCGCCCCCCGAUAUGAAUCCCCCUCCACCACCUCGGAGAAUGGCAGUCAGCCGGCCGACCCGGGCCCCUGGGGCGAGAGUCUGGAGCAUCUCUACCAACGCGCCGUCGUCGCCAAGCGCGACGCCCAGGCCAAGCGGAAGCAGAUUCCCCCGUUUGUCCAGAAACUGAGCAGUUUCCUCGACGAGUCCAAGAAUACCGAGCUGAUCCGGUGGGCCGACGACGGGAAUUCCUUCAUCGUCCUGGACGAGGACGAGUUCGCGAAGACCCUCAUCCCCGAGCUGUUCAAACACAACAACUACGCCUCCUUUGUCCGUCAGUUGAAUAUGUACGGCUUCCACAAGAAGGUCGGCCUGUCCGAUAACUCGAUGCGCGCCAGCGAGCGCAAGAACAAGAGCCCCAGCGAAUACGCCAACCCCUACUUCCGCCGCGGCCACCCCGACCUGCUCUGGCUCAUCUCCAAGCCCAAGAACUCCGGCGGCCAGGCCAACCGCCCCGCCAAGCCGCCCGUCCGCGUCAAGACCGAGGACGGCGACCCCGACGACGACGACACGGACGAGCCCGCGAGCCUCCACCAUGAUCGGGCCCGCGGCCGCCAGCUCUCCCUCAUCACCAACAACGACGUCGCCAAGGACCAACUCUCCGGCGUCUACCGCGAGCUGCAGGCCAUCCGCCAGCAGCAGCAGAUCAUCUCCACCACCAUCACCAAGCUCCGCCGCGAGCACGAGCAGCUCUACGCCCAGGCCGCCAACUUCCAGGAGCAGCACAGUCGCCACGAGAACUCCAUCAACGCCAUCCUGACCUUCCUGGCCACCGUCUACAACCGCAGCCUGCAGGGCCAGGACGGCGGCCCGCAGAACCUGGCCAACUCCUUCGCCGGCGCCAUCUCGCAGGAUCCGGGCAACAUCGUCGACGUCGGGGACGACUACUCCCUCAGCACCCUGGGCGCCUCCAACCUCCCCGGUCCCGCCGCCGCCGCCGCCGCCGCCCGCGCCGCCAAGAAGCAGCCCCUCCUCUUGAAGGCGCCCCCGGCCCCCGGCGCCAAUCGCGCCACCACCCUGUCCCCCGCCGCCAGUGCCUACGAGCGCCCGCCGCCGCGCGCCCCCUCCCGGCACCAGCCCACGGCCCCGCCCACGGGUCAGGUCGAGGAGGUGUUCGACGCCAGCCCGCGGCCCAAGGCCCCCCUGCCCCCGAACCCGACGGCGCAGGGAGACGCGCCCCAGCGGGACAUCAUGUCCGUCAUCGAGAACUCCAACGCCCGCAACGGCCUCCCGACCAGCCUUGCCGACUUCCCCAACGUCCUCUCGUCCCUGGAGACCUCGGGCGGGAACGUGCCGCUGACGCCGAACCAGCGCGCGGACAUGCUGCGUCUGAUGGCCCACGAGUCGCACCCGGGCGGCGACGACGUCCCCCUGUCCCAUAACAACGCCCUGAUGACCCCGACGCCCCCGCCGAUGCCCCACAACUACUCGGGCCGCCUCGCCGACACGCGCGCCGAGAUUGACAACCUCGUCAAGAUGCAGGCUGAGCAGGACCGGUCCGUCCAGAACCUCACCAACUUGCUGCAGCCCCUCAGCCCUACCGGCGCCAUCCCGGGCCUCGGCGCCGACGGCAGCGUGCCCCCGCCACCGCUCGACCUCGACCAGAUCUUCAGCAAUGACUACUUUACGGACCUGCACGACGCCGACCCGCACCACAAGUCGAAUCUCGAGUACGGCGACCCCGCGUCGGGCCAGCACCCGCUCCCGGAGCCGCCGGUCCACCCGGGACCGGACGACAGCGGCCUCAAGGACGCGCACGAUCUCUUCAACUUCGACCACGUCCCGGCGGACGACGAUCCAUUCGGCGCCAACCCGCCUCCGAACCCGUCCUACUACGGCGGAUACGACGGCAGCAACGGCUACGGCGCACCGCCCGGUCUCGCUCCGAACCCGGGCCCCGUCCCAAACGACUCGGGCCGGAUCAUCGAGACCCUGACCGACAGCGAAGGGACGAGCCCGGCCAACACCGUCGAGGAGGUACCCGGGUACGGCGAGGACGGCCAGCCCCCAGGCAGUGAGAGCAAGCGACGGAGACGGGCGUGA